AUGAGGUUCCCUGCUCAGCUUCUGGGGCUGUUUUUGCUCUGGAUACCUGUGUCAAAUGGAGAAACUGUGCUGACCCAGAGUCCACUCACCCUGUCCAUCACACUUGGAGAGUCAGCCACCAUCUCCUGCAAGUCAAGUCAGAGCCUUGUACAUAGUAAUGGAAAUACCUACUUGAACUGGUACCGACAGGAGCCAGGCCAAGCUCCAAAGCCUCUGAUCUAUAAGGUUUCUAACAGGUUCACUGGGGUCCCAGACAGGUUCAGUGGCAGUGGGUCUGUUACAGAUUUCACUCUUAAAAUUAGCAGAGUGGAGGCUGAGGACGUUGCAGUUUAUUACUGCCAGCAAAUGUCAAGUCGAGAAAUAUUAAUGACCCAGACUCCAGUCACCCUGCCCAUGACACUUGGAGAACUGGCCACCAUCUCCUGCCAGUCAAGUCAAAUCAAGGUGCAUAUCUCGAGUGGAGAUAUUGUGAUGACCCAGAGUCCACUUACCCUGCCCAUCACACUUGGAGAGUCAGCCACCAUCUCCUGCAAGUCGAGUCAGAGUGUUGUACAUAGUAAUGGAAACACCUAUUUGCUCUGGUACCAGCAGAAACCAGGCCAAGCAACAAGGCUUCUGAUCCAUCAGAUUUCUAAACGGUUCACUGGGGUCCCAGAAAGGUUCAGUGGCAGUGGGUCUGUUACAGAUUUCACUUUUAAAAUCAGCAGGAUUGAAGCUGAAGAUAUUGCAAUUUAUUACUGCAUGCAAGCUACUGAAAAUCCUCCCACAGUGAUACAGACCUGA